AUACACCAAUAUAGAGUUUUCAAAUUGUAUAUAGUAUACCAUCGAUAUUAUCAAUAGUGCCAUCGCUGAUUUGGCGCCGGGCAUUAUUUAUAAACAAACCGGCCGAUCACAUUUAUGAUAGGGAAGUAAUUUAACAUAAAUAUAAAAAUUAUUCCGACGGAAUCAUGGCCUCCAAGCGAUUUGGCCCCAUGAAGGACUUCGCGCGGGCCAAGAAACCGCGCCUGGACGUCAGCGUAACCCGCGGAUCGACUCGCCCCAGUCCGCCAAGGAAUAAUUUCGAGGGGAUUUUCUGGGACGACGAUGACGACGACGUGAUCUUAAUGGCCACCCAGCUGGCGGAAGCUGAAUUGGAGGCGGAGGAGCGCAAGAAGAAGACGGAGCCGGAGAUGAACAUCGCACACAGCGAUUUGACCUUUAGUGAAUUUGCACCCAUGAGCCAUGCCUCCACCAGCACCCAACAAAUGUUUCCGCCACCAGCGCCGCCCCCUUCCAAGAAGUCCACAUCUAUAGACAUGGAUGCGAUCUUUGGGGACGAUGACGACUUUGACUUCUUGGCCGUAACCCUCAUCGAUACCGAGCCACAAAAGCCGCCAGAGUGCAAACCCAGUACGAGUAGAUCCGCUAGCACCACCAUCAGUGUUCAGCAAAAAACCAUGACGACGACGACUAUAAAUGCCACGCAAUCCCGACAGCAGGAGCACCAGAUCAAGUUCCUCAUGGACCGGAUCGAGGCCCUCAAGCGGGACAAGUCGCAGCUGGAGAAGAAUCUGGGCGACAGCAACGAGCGAAACGAGAUUAAAUCGGGAGAGGUGUCCCUGCUCCGUGACGAGCUAAAGCACGUACGCCAACAGCUGCAGGCCAGCAAGAUGGAGAAGCUAGCUUUGGCCGAUGAAGCAAAUCGGGAUUGCAACAAGAAAGUGGCCGAGGCGGCAAAACAAAUAGCGGCCAAGGAUAUCGAGUUGAAGAUGAAGAACGCGGAGUACUCCAAAUUGAAGACACAACAAAGGGCCCAUGAAAAAAGUAUGAAUUCAAGCAUGAGCAUUGUUCAGGCUGCUCCAGAUCACUUUGAAAAGCGGGGUUCUCUCCGUCUAAAUAGGCUUAACAUACACAGAACUGUGCCUAAAUUAAGAACCGAUAAUGCUAUUAUGUUUGAUUAUACUGAGGAUGAGGCUCAGGGUAAGAAACGGAGAAACCCCUUCGAACUAGAGCUUAAGCAACUGCUGCUCCAUUACGCUCAGUUGCAGGCGCAGCCGAAAUCUCUGGAUAAUCUCAUCCCAAGAGUACUGUCUUCCGUCGGAAGGGUGUUUACGGAGUUUGCCUCGUACGUCCAAAGCUUGGACUUCCCGCACAACUGCAUGUUAUAUCCAUACCAUCCCCACAGUUUCGAGGAUGAAGAUCAUCGCAUAUCCCUUUCCCAGCAGGGCGCAUUAUACGAAAACGAAAAGGCUGUGUCAUUGCGUCGCUAUAUAGCCACCUUGGCCUCGAUUUGCCAGUCAGAGGAAAGGAUUUCCAGCGCUAUUUUGGAGUGGAAACAAGAAGAUCUCGGUAUACUACAGGUGGCUAUUGAAGCUGUCAUAAAAGUGGGAUUUUCAUACGAAGUGAGCAAACAUUUUGGUUUGCUGGAAGCUUUGGCUUCACUCCUGAAUAGUCUCCUACAAGGAAAGGAUUUGGUUCAACAGAAUGCGGAUCUUCUCUUUAAUUUGCUUAAACAGCUAGUUUUUACUCGUCCAAACCCAUGGGUUUUUUCAGAACUGAGCUCCUGCCUUCUAAGGUGCCUUCAACACACGCAACUGAUGGUUAAGAUGUGUGUAAAUAGUCACAAGGACUGCUUUGUGUCGGAUCGCGUUCGCUCUGUAUAUCGAUUUGGUCCCGACUCCUGUUUACUUCAGGUCUAUUCGGGACUACUCGAGUUAUGUUUCUUUAGUGAAACUCCUCUGAGAAAAAAUCACUUCCAAUUAUUGCUUCAAAUCGGAGUUAAUCACGUGAGAUUUGCUUUCGAAUGCUUCCAAAAUCCUCCGGAUUUUAUAUUGGAAAUGCUGCCGUAUUUUGCGGAUGAUGGCGAGGAGGAAUCUGGCGAAGGCACUCUGAUGAAAACGGGAAGCAACUUGAGUUGCAACACGACGGGAGCAGUGCAGGGAUCGAUCUCCAAUGGUUCCACAUUAGCUUCCGCAUCUAACUUGAAUCUAAACUCAAAUUCAAACUCAAGUUCAUCGCAGCGCAGCAAAGAAUGCGAGUGUUACGUGAAGUUAUGUCUCAGUGCGGUCACUAUUGUCUUCCAGGUGAUGCACCAGUGGAUGCUGCACGAAAGGAAACAAGGCACUGAAGAGGUAGGCGAGAUUUCCCGAAUCGCAGUGCACCUGCUGACCCUCGUCUUCCAUGAGUAUUACCUCACUUGCCUUUUCCGUGACUCCGAGGAAACGACAAAACAUUACCUCAGCCUCAUUUGCAACUGGUGGAGCGAGCAUGCAGAUUUACUUGGAUUUCAGCCAAUACAAUUGCGUUUGCUAAACCAGCUGGUAAAAUCCCAUUUCAUGCUGAAACCUCUCCAUCAGGAUGCCAAUCGCAAUAAUCCGGGCAACGACCUCUCCGAAUGGAACCGCAUUGUCAAGAAUGCGGAUGCCCAAAAGACGAUGAAGUCAGCACACAAAUCCGACCCCAGUAAACUGCUCGACAUCGACUUCUUUAGUGCCCUUAAUAGGGAAGAGUCCACUUUUGAAUAGUUAUCCUUUGUUAUGUUUAUAUAUAUUUUAGCAUUAGUUUUUAAAAAAUGAUAAGUGGGGUAUUAAACAAAUUGUACAAUUUAAAGUCUGUUAAUGAAAUACUAAAAGUUUUAAAUGUCGAAA